AUGGCUUCAUCUUCACCACCUUUUAUUAUCAAUGAUUUGCUUUGUUAUUUGCUUCAAAAUUUUGCAGAUUUUCAUGAAAUUGUUAAUAGUUAUUCUCUUGUUUGCAAGCAGUGGAGAAGUGUGAGUGAUUUGGCAAUUUCUUUGAUAAACUAUCCGAUAGAAUUAGAAAGUGGUAACUUGAGAAGAAUAUUUAGUGAUAGGGAAAUUUAUGAGAGAGAACAUGUUCCCCUCCUCAGUAGUAUUAAAUUUGUGAAAAUUAAUUCUCUCUUUGCCAAGCAAGAUGUUCAUAAAUUUGCCACUUGUCAAUGUUUUUCAAAGGUAAAAGAAAUUGAUGUGACAUGCUAUUCGAUUAAUUAUCUUCAAUCAUUUAUCAAAAUAUUCAAGAAUGUACAAGAAAUUUCACUCGUCCUAAGAGAUAAAUUUGAUGAGAAUUAUUUAAAGAUUACUAAAUUUCCUGAAAUGGAAAAGGUGAAAUCUUUAGAGUUGGAAUAUAGUGGUUCUGCUGAUGAUACUUCAAAUCAGUUAAUGUGUGAAAUUUCCAAAUGUAAAUACUUUUCCAAUCUGAAAAAAUUGAUAUGGCUGGGAAGUGUUAUCAAUUCGGAUGGAAUGGAAGCAUUGUGUAAAAGUGCAUUCAUUACCAAGUUAGAAACUCUUCAUAUCAUUGACGACAUUGGUUCUGCUGGGGAUGAGGAUAUUAAAUUGAUGGCUAACUCUGAAAAUUUUCAACAUUUAACUGAUUUGAAUUUGCUUGAGAAUGGUGGGAAAUUCUCCUCUGAAGCUUUGAAACAUUUAGGUAAUGGAAAGUAUAUCAAAAACUUGACCAGUUUAGAAAUUGGCGAGUUCAAACACUUUAUUGAAAGCCCCAGUUUUAGGAAAUUGAAACGUUUUUGCUGUGCACAUAACUUGAAUAGUGUUGCACUUACGUUGAGUCAAUCAGAAUACUUAGAAGAAUUAGAAGAUAUUCAGAAUAUCUUUUACCUUAACAUGUUUAUGAAGUCUGAUGGGUUAAAAGCUCUUUCAAUGAGUAAUAGUAUUAGAAAUCUGAGCAGAUUGUGCUUGAAUUUGAGGAGCCUAUCAGAGAACGAGGAGUGCUCUCAACAUCUCAUGAGCUCUAAUUUUAGUAACGUUAGAGGUCUGUAUGGAAGAUUUGAGACCAACCUUUUAAAAUCAAUUGCUUUUUCAUCAGCAAUUAGGGGUUUAGAAACUAUAGACUGCGUAGCGUGUGAUGUUAAAGAUGAUUUCUUUAAGCUGUUAUCUCACCCAAAGUUUUGCAGAUUGAAAAAACUUGUUUUACAAUCAGAAACUACAAAGAUCGACUUUUCUGAAUUGAAAGAUUGUUCUUUUCUAGUUCACAUUCAACGUUUGGAAUUGAACGAUAUUCAGAUGGGAAAAGAAGGAUUGGAAGUGUUAUUUUCUGGAAAUAAUUCUAAAUCAUUGAAAUAUCUAUCUUUUUUAAACUGUAAAUUGAAACCUAUAGAUUUGAAUAUCAUCUCACUGAGUGAAAAUCUCAAUUCUCUUGAAGAAAUGGUUAUAGAAAAUAAUAUUACUUCGGAAGAAGGUACAGGAAUAUCUAAUCUUUUUGAAAGCUCUAAUUUAAUCAACUUGAAAUCUCUCACUUUGAAAAGAGUUGGUUUGAUAGAUUCUGAUUUGAAACUCCUAGCCAAUAGCUCACUAGGAAGAAAGCUUAGGAACCUGAUAAUUAUCGAUGAAGAUAAAAUAUCACAUAUAGGUCUGUAUUGGGUGAUGGAAAAAUUAACAAAACUGAAAUCUCUCAAAUUGGAACCGAACAAUUUUAACGAAUAUUCAGAAGCAAAGAUUUUGAACUUUCUGUCAAGUUUUCAUAAUUUGAAUGAAAUUUAUGUGGGAUAUACUGGACGUCACCAUUCUCUCAAGGAAACUGUAGAAUCAAUGGGAAUCUUUUACCAUAAAGAUGGGUUUAAAUCAACAGGAGUUAAUUGA